AUGGGGUUUGGACGAGCGAUGAAGAGUGUUCGAAAGAAGUACAGAAUGCAUACGGCUUCGAAAAUCAUUCUUGCUUUGGUCGGAAUUGGGCACUUGGUUCUGGGCAUUUAUACGGCGGUUCAUUUGGGCGAGUGAGUUUGAGCGAUUGACUAGAUGUCCGAAGCUAAGGAGCCGAAAAAAAUUAUUAUUUUUGUAGAGAGCAAGACGCAGCAGCACCAAUCAAAGCCGCUCUCGCACAACACGGCAAAAAGGGCUACACAGACAGCAAUUCACAAGUGAAAGGUGUCUUCAUGCCAUUUUUCGUCGCCCUAUUUUGUGUGGUCGCCGCAAUCAUGCCCUAUAACGGAGUGCUCUAUUUUCUGUUCUUUUUGACUUUGUUGGAAAUUGCCGGAUUCGCUUGGGAAAUGGUGGCUGUUGAUAAAAUUAAUGAACAUCAACAUGGACAUUAUGCAUUGGUGAUUGCGGUUGCAAAACAAGUACAAACGGAAGGAGAAAAACCAACAACACCCGGUAGAAUAAGAAAGAAACGUUUUGUUGGGGCAAUAUUUGCUGCUGUUACGGCUGCUCUUCCAUUUAUUGACAAAAUUACAACGUUUAUAGCGGACGCAGGGACUUUUGUAGCAACAACAAUUAAAACUAUUGCGCCACAUUUGGUUAGUACUAUAAAUCGUAAGUAAUUUUGAACACUUCAUCAAAAUCAGACUCAAAAAUUGCAGGUCUUUUUACUAAACAAGAGUCCGAGGGUCUUGUUAAGACAAUAAUCCACAAUAAAGACCUGUUAAGGCAAUAUGCUACUUUGGCAGAAUGUCUUGAAACAAGUAAAUUGUUGUCGGAAAUUGGACUUGGGGCUAGUAUUGUCACUGCAGUUCUUCUUAUUGCAAUGCUUAUGUGAGUUCAGCCGAUUAGAUUUUUAGGAUUGUAACCUCCUUUUGCAGCUUCUACACAUGGGACUACAGAAAAUCGCAAAGUAUGAUGACAUCACCACAUCAUUCGCCACAUCAUUCUAAUCCAUCGCCUCAUCGUUCACCACAUCACCAAAAAUAUACUUCUUCGAAUAAUGAAACUGGAACCACAACUUCGCCAACUCCUGGAGUCAAAUCACCAUAUACUAUGUUUUAA